CGAGUACCACCAUUAGCUGUACGCUCAUCAGCGCUGACCCCACACGAUUUCCCACCCAAACAGAUUUGGCAGAAUUGGUGGGGGGUGAUCGCGUCUGCAAGAAACGCUCCCUCCUUCCGUUCUUCUUCCUCGGCCCACCCCACGACGAGGAAAGUCCUAGUUUGAAACGCCGAAAGCGACCCCCUUCUUCCCCGUUCAAAGCAACUGUCCUCCCUUUUUCCUCCCCUUUCCAUCGGUUGCACGCGUCCGAACUCCCAAACACGAAGCUCUGCUUGAUCUCCAGCAUCUAAGCAACCGGACAGAAGGAGGAGGCGGCCCGGUGACGGGGAUCCCAUGGCGCCGGUGGUGUCGGCGCUGGCCAAGUACAAGCUGGUGUUCCUGGGCGACCAGGCCGUGGGCAAGACGGCCAUCAUCACCCGCUUCAUGUACGACAAGUUCGACGACACCUACCAGGCGACGAUCGGGAUCGACUUCCUGUCCAAGACGAUGUACCUCGAGGAUCGCACCGUCCGCCUCCAGCUCUGGGACACAGCUGGGCAGGAGAGGUUCCGGAGCCUGAUCCCGAGCUACAUCAGAGACUCCUCCGUGGCCGUCAUCGUUUACGAUGUGACUGACAGGCAAUCCUUUCUGAAUACGUCAAAGUGGAUCGAGGAAGUGAAUACACAAAGAGGUGGCGAUGUGCUCAUCUUCCUUGUCGGAAAUAAAACUGACAUUGUCGACAAGAGGAAAGUGUCCACUGACGAAGGAGAAGCCAAAGCACAGGAGCAUGGUGCCAUGUUCAUAGAAACCAGUGCAAAGGCUGGGUUCAACAUCAAGCCUCUGUUCCGCAAGAUCGCUGGAUCCCUUCCUGGGCUGGACGCGAUCUCGUCAGCAAAGCAGGAGGACAUGGUCGACAUAAACCUCAGACCUUCCACAGGGUCGUCAGCUUCAGGCGCAAAUGCGCAGGUGGAGCAGAAAUCAGGUGGUUGCUCUUGUUGAGACUUGCAGAGUUUUGUGUUCAGAGAAGCUACAGUAGUAGUAGGGCUACUACAUUUGAGUUAGUACUUUCACAGAGAUUAAGAGUGGGUUUGCAUCCAGUAGUGAUAUCCAUAGGGGAGAGGUAAUUUCUGUGUACAGAUUUGUUUAUCAAGUUGCCAUACAUAACUGUUUUGAAACCCAGAGACAAAAUCUGUGAAGGUAACGGCAGCUAUCUUUUACAAACUGAAUCAAA